GACGGAAACAAAGAACCUUGAAAAAAAAAGCCUCGAAAUUCAUCAGCAAAGGAAGAAAAAUGGAGAAUCCGCUACCAAAGAGCUGGAGCAUUCACACCCGACCCGAGAUCAUAGCCAAGUACGAGAUCCUGGAGCGCGUGGGCUCAGGCGCCUACUCCGAUGUCUACAGGGCGCGUCGACUCUCCGACAACCUCAUAAUCGCCCUCAAGGAAGUCCACGACUACCAAUCGGCGUUCCGAGAAAUCGAGGCCUUACAAAUGCUCCAAAACUGCCCCAACAUCAUCGUUUUGCACGAGUACUUUUGGCGGGAAGACGAGGACGCCGUGCUCGUCCUGGAGUUCUUGAGGACCGAUUUAGCGGCGGUUAUUCACGAAGCGAAAAAGACGGAAGGUGGGAUCCGACUCGGUGAAGUUAAAAGGUGGAUGCUUCAGAUUUUAUGUGGGGUUGACGCGUGUCAUCGGAAUAUGAUCGUUCAUCGGGAUUUAAAGCCUGGGAAUUUGUUGGUUUCUGAUGAUGGGGUUCUUAAGUUAGCUGAUUUUGGCCAGGCAAGGAUACUCAUGGAGCCUGGAUUUGUUGCCAACAAUGAUAACCAACAAUCAUUUGAGCAGAACGCAGGAUAUCAGGAAAACACUUCUCCAACAUUAGAUUCUGUCUCUGAAGCAUGCAGCUCACCAAAUCUAGGAUUUAAUAACCAAGUGGAGGAAGAUAUAAGCAAAGAGGAAUAUUUUAGACAGUUAGUUGAGCUCAAGGCUAAACGACAUGCCACAGAUGAAUCUGACAAAGAAACAAAUAUAAAUGAUGGAGACACAUCUUGUCUUGCAACGGGUACCAUAAGUGACAUAGAGGAUGAUCCUCUCAAGAGUUCUUACUCAUACGAGGCUGAAGAGGGUGGGGAUGACAGACAUGGUGCUCUCACGUCUUGUGUUGGUACUCGCUGGUUCAGAGCCCCUGAACUACUCUAUGGAUCAAUAGACUAUGGGCUCGAGGUGGAUUUGUGGUCAUUGGGUUGCAUUUUUUCAGAGCUUCUAACCCUUGAGCCGCUUUUUCCUGGGAUUUCUGACAUUGAUCAGCUUGGCAAAAUCAUCAGUGUUUUAGGAAACUUGACUGAAGAAGUCUGGCCAAGCUGUUCGAAACUUCCUGAUUACAGAACUAUUUCUUUUGCCAAUAUUGAAAAACCAACUGGUUUAGAAGCCUGCCUACCCGACCGGUCUCCGAAUGAAAUCUCUCUUGUCAAACGACUUGUUUGUUAUGACCCAGCUAAUAGAGCUACUGCAAUGGAACUGCUCAAUGACAAGUAUUUCAAUGAAGAGCCCUUUCCCCUUCCCAUUUCUGAGCUGCAUGUACCUCUCACAAAGCAUGGCCAUGAUGAGGAUUCCCCUGGUGGGUUGAAUGAUUACAAUGACAUGGGUUCCGACUCUGAUUUUGAUGAGUUUGGCCCUGUUAAUGUCAGGACCACUGGCAGUGGUUUUUCCUUACAAUUCUCAUGAGCUUGGCCUGUAUAGAGGUACGGUGAAUGCUUAAAUUCUAUGUUCCAUUUUGUUUAAGGUAUUGUUAAAACCGGCAAUUAGGGAGAUGAUAAAUCAUGAAUCUGUCAAACUUGCUCGUCUUGUAUUAAAGCAACCUGUUGCAUUCUCUUCAUUCAUUGUAAAAACCAGAAACAUAUUCCUGUCUUAAAACGAAAUAAUUUUCCUCCGUUUAUGAUGUAAGUUUAUUUGAUGAAAGGCUUGAUCAA